AUGCCACUGGACCUGGGGCAGUUUAUUUCCAUUAUAAAAGGCAGCCCAGCUCCUUGCUCACUCAUCCACAACUCCUGCCAUUCUCUUUGGAACCAGGUACAACUCAAGCCUCAAGACAUGUCCUGCCGUGACCCGUGCCAGCCGUGCCAGCCCUGUGGCCCAACUCCUCUGGCCAGCAGCUGCAAUGAGCCCUGUGUCAGGCAGUGCCAGCCCUCCACCAUCGUCAUCCAGCCCUCUCCUGUGGUGGUGACCCUGCCCGGACCCAUCCUCAGCUCCUUCCCGCAGAACACCGCCGUGGGCUCCUCCACCUCCGCUGCUGUUGGCAGCAUCCUCAGCUGUCAGGGAGUGCCCAUCACCUCGGGGGGCUUUGACCUCUCCUGCAUUUCCAACCGCAGCUGUGGCAGAAGGUGCCCCCCCUGCUAA